AUGGCGUCCAAUUAUCUGCUGUCCAGCCCUGCAGCCUCUGGGCUGGCCCUGCCAGGGCCAUCACAGCCAGAACAAUUUCCCAGGCAGUCCAAGUCUCACUGUCCAUGGCUCAGGGGCUCCCUGGGCAGGCUCAGGGGCUGCCCCCGGGGAGCGCGGGGCUGGGCGCGAGGGCGAGCGGGCAACGGACAAACGGACACGGGGACAAACGGCCCCGGAGCUUCAGUUGCUUCAGUUGCAGCGGCAGCAGCGGCAGCAGCGGCAGCAGCGGCAGCAGCGGCAGCAGCGGCAGCAGCGGCAGCAGCGGCAGCGAAAGCAGCGAAAGCAGCGAAAGAAGCGGCUUUGUCGACUCCCUUUUGCUCCUCCUCUCCCUCUCCCGCUGUCCCGCAGCCUCUCCCGCUCUCCCGUUCCCGCUGUCCCCUCCUCUCCCGGUCUCUCUCUCCCCAUGCCCGGCCGGGCCAUGCCCCCGGCCCGCCCCCGGCCCCGGGCGGGGCUGUCCCGGCCCCGGCCCCGUCCCCGUCCCCGGCCGUCCCGCCGCGGUCUCGCCCCCGCCCGGCUCUGGCCGUGCUGGCGCUGGCGCUGCUGGGCGGGCAUCAGUGCCUGGGGCUGGGGCGGCAUCGCCGCCCUUUGGCUCCGCCUGGCCCGAGCCCGGCCCCGGCCCCGACGUGGGCUCCAGUCCCGGCCCCGGCCCCGGCUCCUCCCGGGCCCCGCGGAGAACACAGGCGGCGCGGCCGCUGCCGCCGCCUCCGCUGCGGCUUCCCCGGCCCGAGCUCCGCCGCUCGGCAGCGCGGCCGCCGGCCCCGAGCCGCCGCUGUCCCGUUGCCAGCAGAGAACGCCUGGGGAUGGCCGGCCCGGGGCGCUCGGGGGGCGCUCGGGGGGCGCUCGGGGGCCGCUCCUGGCCCCGGGCCGAGCGCUGACAGCCGCGUCCCGCCCGCAGGGAAGGCGCAGGAGGCCCUGCAGGAGCGGUACCGGCUGGGUUCGCUGCUGGGCAGCGGCGGCUUCGGCAGCGUCUUCGCGGCCACGCGGCUCUCGGACGGCGCCCCGGUGGCCAUCAAAAGGGUGCCGCGGGAUCGCAUCCGGCACUGGGGCGAGCUGCCCGACGGCACCAGCGCACCCCUGGAGAUCGUGCUGCUGGCCAAGGUGGCCUCUGGCUGCGCUGGUGUCAUUCAGCUCCUGGAGUGGCUCGAGCUCCCCGACAGCUUCUUGCUGGUGCUGGAGCGCCCGGAGCGGUGCCAGGACCUGUCGGGUUUCCUGGCGGAGCGGAGGUUCCUGCCGGAGGAGGAGGCGCGGGGGCUGUUCCGCCAGGUGCUGGAGGCCGUGCGGCACUGCACCAGCUGCGGGGUCCUGCACAGGGACAUCAAGCCCCAGAACAUCCUGCUCGACCUGGCCACCGGGCGGGUGAAACUGAUCGACUUUGGCUGUGGCGCCUUCCUCCAAGACACAGCCUACACCCAGUUUGCAGGAACCCUGUCCUACAGCCCACCAGAGUGGAUCCACCACCAUCGCUACCACGGCGAGGCAGCGACCAUCUGGACCCUGGGCCUCCUGCUGUGCCACCUGGUCAUGGGCAAGCACCCGUUCAGGAGGGGCCAGGAGAUCAUCGGGGGGCGGAUCUUGUUCCCACGACGGCUCUCUCAAGAGUGCCAGGAUGUCAUUAAGAGGUGUUUGUCCAUGCAGCCCUUGGACAGACCAUCCUUAGAAGAGCUUUUCCGCGAUCCUUGGGUGCAGGGUGUUCCUCUGCCCUAGAGGAUGGGAGAGAUCCACGUGCACAGUUGGAUCCAGGGGCCUGGCAGGGAAGGAGAAGGAGCCCCUGGAGAAGCUGCACCAGGUGGGGCUGCUGCUGCUGGAGACACCAAGGACAACCUCAAGGAUGACAAUCUC